AUGGUGAUUCCACCAGAACACCCAAGUCAGCAGGAACCACACUGCAACCCCUUGGUCCUGAAGUUGCUCUCCUUCCUGUUCUUGUCUGGGCUUCUGCUGAUCACUCUUGCCCUAGUCUCAAAGGUUCCCAGCUCCCAGGCUCAGAACAAAAUCUACCAGGAGUUCAAGCAGCUGAAGACUGAAGUACACGAUGGCUUCUGUCAACCCUGCCCCAGGGAUGUGUUCUUCCAUGGAAACUGUUAUGUCUUCUCCAAGUCCCAAUGCAACUGGCACAACUCCAUCACUGCCUGCCAGGGGGAGCAGUGUUGGAAUAAAGGGGAGCCCAACAAUGUCGAGGACGAAGAUGGCACAGAGUUCUCUAUGGAUGGCUGGAAUGAUCUCAAAUGUGAUGCCCUAAAUUUCUGGAUCUAUAAGAAAGCUUUAACUUCAUCAUGCACCACCAAAUGA